AUGGCGACUCAUGAAGGCCCCCACUUCUUCGGGGCCACGUCAGCCUCACGUCAGGCGUCUGCCUCCAGCACAGACCCGUGCGCGCGCGAUCCGGAGAUCGGGAAAGCCCCCGAAAUUGCGCAGGCGGAGCAGGGUUCGAAGACGCGCCAUCCGGCCACUCGCUUCAACUGGCGCACCGACUUCCCGCACACGCUGUGGCGGCCCGAGGAAAUCCGCUCGGAGGAGUUCUACCGGGACAUCUUCGUGGAGUAUCUGGGGACCCUGCUGUUUAUCUUUUUCGCGCUCGGGGCGGUGGUCUUCACCGACUUCAAGUUCUCGGGCGCCGUCGGGAAGCUAGGCAUCUCGUUCGCAUUUGGGCUGUCGUAA